AUGCCAGCCAUUCUCUCUAAACCAUCGUCCUCUCCUUUGGUCCCCACUUCUUCCUUCCCCAAUUUUCUUCAUGAAUGCUAUGAUUUUGCAUUUAAGAAACAUUACAAAGCGACGAAAUAUUCUCUGAUUGCAUUAGCCUUGUCGCUCUCAGCAUUGGUAUUCGGAAGUGGAUUCAAACUCUACAGUACGAUCAAACAAUCCAGAAAACGAUCACUCUCCUCACUUCAUUCAACUGCUGUGGCGCAUGAUUCCAAACCAUCUGCAGAAAAACCGAAACAAGACUCGCCUACUUCUGCUUCUUCUUUCGUUACAUCUUUUGUAACCAAAGUUUACAAAUUGUGUGUGAUUGCCUUUACAAAGAAACCCUCCAAUCUUCAAAAAGAUGAAUUCUCUGGAAAGGUAUUGGCCAUGUCUGCCUCGCUCGUCGCACUAAUAAUUAUUCAAUCUUUGGUCACUAGAAAAGCAAAUUUGGUGAGUGGCGACAUGAUGGAGUAUUUGAUCGCUCAAAAGAAGAGUCACUUCUUUUACAGUGUUGCAAAAUUCUCAUUAUUCCUCGUCAUUCAAUCCAUGAUUGGACCUUCUGUGAAAUAUCUUGUGGAAUUAAUUGCAUUAUAUAUGAGAAGAAAUUUAACCAUGCAUGUGCAUGACAAGUACUUUUCAAAUAUGGCGUAUUAUAAGGUCAAUAAUUUGGAUAAACGUGUUGGUGCAGCAGACCAAAGAAUUACUCAAGAUAUUGAUGUGUUUUGUAAUCGAUUGGCUGAAUUAUUCACAGACAUGUUACAUCCAACAUUUGAAUUAAUCUUGUACUCGAUUGAAUUGGUACGAUUACUUGGACCCUAUGCCCUCAUGAGUGUGGUCUUGUAUUUGAGUUUUGCAAUUUUCGUCUUGUCCAAAGUUUCUCCAAAUUUCACAAAAAUCAGUGCACAAGUUCAGAACAUGGAAGGCAAUUUUAGAGCCAUGCAUAACCGAGCGAGUGUCUUUUCAGAGUUGAUAGCAUUCUAUGGAGGAGAGAAAACUGAGAGAACUAAGAUUGAAAACUAUUUUGAAAAGUUAACCGAGUAUUCAAGCUAUGUCAUUGGUCGAAACUUUUCCUUUGGUGUUGUGAAUGAUUUUUUCACCAAAUAUUUCCCUCACAGUUUCACAACACUCAUCAUUGGAAUGCCUGUAUUCUUUGGUCGUCUCAGAUUUUUGAAAGGAGAUGCUCUGAUGGGUAAAUUGAGAUAUAUUAUUGCAGUCAUUACUUUGGAAUUCUAUGCAUUGGGAAAUGUCAUUGAACUGUUUAGAAAAUUAUUGAGAUUGGGUGGAAUGGCUCAACGAGUGGCAACAUUAUACGCUGUUUUGAAUGAAAUUAAGCAUGGUAAUUCCAAGAAUAUUAACUUUCAGAAACAUCAUGAAGGAGAAAUUGUUGAAGCAGAUGAAAUUCGUUUUGACAAUGUCAUUAUCAAGACUCCGGAUAAUAUCACACUCGCACGUAAUUUGUCAUUCCAUGUUGGAAAGAAUGAGCAUAUUGUCAUUUCUGGAUCAAAUGGAAGUGGUAAAUCUUCACUGUUCAGAGUACUUGGUGCCUUGUGGCCUCUUCACAGUGGAAUUAUUUACAAACCACAAGCCAAUGGUUCGCAUGCAAGAGGUCUCCACAAUGACAUUUUCUAUCUUCCUCAAAAACCCUAUAAUAUCAAAGGGUCUUUACGAAGUCAAAUUAUAUAUCCAGACUCGACUCUCAAAGAAGGAUGGACAGAUGGAAAAUUGGAAGAAUUACUCAAUGAUUUUGGAAUUGGUUAUCUCUGUAAAAGAAGUUCCAAAGGAUUUGAUUAUGUCCAUGAUUGGGAUUCCUUGUCACGUGGUGAACAACAAAAACUUGCCAUGGUACGAUUGUUUUAUCACAAACCUCGAUAUGCAAUUUUGGAUGAAUGUACUUCGUGUAUCACUGCAGAUGAUGAAAAUCGUCUCUAUCGAAAAUGUACCUCUCAUGAAAUUACUUGUAUUACUAUUUCACAUCGACCAGCUCUCGAGAAGUAUCAUACACAACGAUUGGUAUUUAAUGGAAAAGGAGGAUGGGUAUGGCAACAGAUUAAACAUGGAGGUGAGAGUGGUGUCGAUGAAGAAUCUUCGUCAUCAGAAAUUACAGAACCAAUCUAUGAGUUGAAAGGAAUGGAUUUAUCCAUUCGUGAUGAUAUUAAGGAUGAAUAA